GAGUCUCCGAGCGGCCCCCACUAGCGCGUCAAGCAAUGGCAAACGUGCCGUUGCCAAAACCAUUUCUCCACCGCGAACACCAGCCCGACCAUGUGCGGCAUCUUCUUCUCGCUCAGCCGAGCUGGACAUGUGACGCCUGACACGAAUACUCAGCAACUGCUCCAGAACAGAGGGCCUGAUAGCACAGGGCAGCAUCAAACUGUCAUCGAAUCCAGCCCCGAGGCAUCUUCAACGCGUCUUCACGCGACUUUCCUGUCAACGGUCCUUGCUUUACGCGGCAACGACGUUGUCAAGCAACCUCUCAAAGACGUCGCCACUGGCUCCGUUCUUUGUUGGAAUGGCGAAGCAUGGAGCAUUGCUGGACAUGCCAUUGAUGGCAAUGACUCUCAGCUUAUCUUCACUAAGCUCUUGAAUGCGUGCGCCAGUACAGGCGAGACAUCCAUUAAAAGCGUCAUUCAGCUGCUUUCAGGCGUGCGGGGCCCGUAUGCCCUUGUUUUCUUCGAUGCACCUAACAAUCGCAUCUACUAUGGACGCGACUGUCUGGGACGACGAUCGCUGCUCCAAAAGUCAACUCCAGACGGCACACUUGUGUUGUCUAGCGUUUGCGAUAACGCUUCUGGUGAGUCCUGGACUGAAGUGGAAGCCGAUGGCAUCUAUGUCCUAGAUGUCGAUGCCGCAGACUCGACGUCGAAGUCGUUGCCAGUUACAAAGAUUCCGCACCGCCGCUCAGACCCGAAAGAGGACUCUGGACUAUCUUUCACCCUGCCAUUUCCCACUAUGAAUCCAACUGUAGACAUCGAGCCUGCAACACAGAACACGGACGCGACCGAGCAGUUGAGGUUAUCGUUGGAAAGGUCGCUCAAAUUGCGUACUCAGCAUAUACGAGAGGCAGUGACCAGCAAUGCGACGCUGGGAGCUCCAAAGGACGCACAGGUCGGCAUCCUCUUCUCUGGUGGCCUUGACUGCACAAUCCUCGCGCGCAUGUGUCACGACCUCCUACCGCUCAGCGAAUCUAUCGACCUCCUCAAUGUCGCUUUUGAGAACCCUCGAAUCCAUUCCAAUCUCGAGUCAGGAACCAGUCCGUACGAGCUUUGCCCGGACCGUAUCACUGGACGAUCGUCACACGCCGAGCUCAUAGAAGUCUGUCCAGGGCGAGAGUGGCGCUUCGUCGAAGUCAACGUGCCCUACACCGAGACGCAAGCCCACCGUAGCACUGUCAUGGCGUUAAUGCAUCCGCACAAUACAGAAAUGGACCUUUCCAUUUCGAUCGCGCUGUAUUUCGCCUCACGCGGGAAUGGUCUAGCGCACCUCUCAGACAAGGCUCACGCCGAGCCAUAUACCACCAACGCACACGUCCUCCUAUCCGGAUUGGGGGCUGACGAGCUUUUUGGCGGGUAUCAACGACAUGCAGUAGCUUUUGCUCGGCACGGAUACCCCGGCCUGAUCGAAGAGCUGGAGCUUGACUUCAGUCGACUAGGAAAAAGGAACCUGGGUCGUGACGAUCGAGUUAUCAGCGACAGCAGUAGGGAAGUUCGAUUUCCGUUCCUCGAUGAAGACUUCAUCGCAUUAGCGCUGAGUCUUCCGGUGACAGCCAAGUGCGAUUUCGGCCUGGCGCAAGUGGUUGAUAGUGAAGAUCCUAUGCAGUUCCUCGAGCCCGGAAAGCGCGCUCUUCGAUUGCUGGCCUGGCAAUUGGGCAUGAAAAGAGUAGCUGCGGAGAAGAAGCGUGCGAUCCAAUUCGGCGCUCGCACUGCCAAAAUGGAGACAGGCAAAACGAAGGGCACACAUGUUCUAAGUCAAUAAGGAAGGAAGAAAAUGAAACGACUAUCCGCUAAUCU